GUCGGGACGGUCUAACAGAGCGCUCUUUAUUGCACACAGAACGCCGCAGGAGCAUCCACGAGGAAAUAAUACCAACAGCAAAGAACACGCGCCGAACCACAGCUAGACGUGCAGCGGUCUAAAUGCAAACAUGAAAACUAGCUUCGCUAUCUUGCUGACGAGCGCCUUAUUGCUGGGCACAUCCAGGGGGACUAAUGGAGGUCUACCAUCUAAACCUGCAUGCCGACCAGGAUUUUCAGAAAGUUUCUAUUCGGUGUUUGUUUCGGGGGAUAUACUGCAGAGACGGAGUGCUGUCAAAGACACCUUGGGAGCUUCAGGGGAAGCGAGCUGUGAAGAGUGUCAGGAAAAAGAUGAGAGCUUUGAGAGCAGCGUUCCCAGCUUCAGCGUGCGGGCAGAGAUGCCCAGCGCAUCAGGGCCAGAGCAGCUCACAAUGACCACCCGCAGCAAUGUGGACUUCACCCCCUCUCCACCCAUCACUCAGGCCAGUGACACCGAAGGUGUUUCCACUGAGCCCCAGCCCCGGCCCAGUGUUGUCACAUUUCCAUGGAAACCAGCACAGCGCUCCAAUGGGCUGAGGCGACAGAAGAGAGACUGGGUCAUCCCACCAAUAAACGUGCCUGAAAACUCCAGAGGGCCCUUCCCCCAAAUGCUUGUCAGGAUCCGUUCGGACCAGGACCGGGACAUCCAGAUCCGCUACAGCAUCACAGGGGCUGGCGCUGACCAGCCACCCAGUGAGGUGUACAGCAUAGACCCGGUGGCAGGAAAGAUGUUUGUCACCAAGCCCCUGGACAGAGAGGAGAGGUCCUCCUACCAUCUCAGGGCCCACGCUGUGGACAUGAAUGGGAACAAGGUAGAGAACCCGAUUGACCUCUACAUUUACGUCAUCGACAUGAACGACAACAGGCCUGAGUUCCGCAAGCAGGUCUACAAUGGAUCCGUGGAUGAAGGGUCAAAGCCUGGCUCUACCGUGAUGAAGGUGACAGCCAAUGAUGCUGAUGACGACACCACGGCCAAUGGGAUGGUGCGUUAUCGAAUCCUGUCCCAGACUCCUCCCAUCCCCAUUCCCAACAUGUUCACCAUCAACAGCGAGACAGGCGACAUCAUCACCGUGGCCGCAGGACUGGAUCGUGAGAGAGUGUCCCAGUACACCAUCAUCGUUCAAGCCACAGACAUGGAGGGUAACCUCAACUUCGGCCUUUCCAACACAGCCACCGCCCUCAUCGCCGUGACUGACAUCAAUGACAACCCCCCGGAGCUGACCGCCAGGACGUUUUCUGGGGAAGUGCCAGAGAACAGGGUGAACGUGGUGGUAGCCAACCUGACUGUGAAUGACAACGAUCAGCCACACACCCCCAACUGGAAUGCGGUCUACAGGAUUGUGAGCGGCGACCCGUCCGGUCACUUUACCAUCCGCACCGACCCCAUCACCAACGAUGGGAUGGUUACCGUGGUGAAGCCUGUGGACUAUGAGAUGAACCGGGCCUUCAUGCUGACAGUAGUGGUGUCCAACCAGGCCCCUCUGGCCAUGGGGAUCCAGUCGUCUCUCCAGUCCACUGCAGGGGUCACCAUCUCCGUGGUGGAUGUGAAUGAGCCUCCCAUAUUCCCCUCCAACCCUAAAGUCAUCCGCUUUGAGGAAGGCGUGCCCCCAGGCACCACACUCACCACAUUCUCUGCCCACGACCCCGACCGCUUCAGACAACAGACGGUCAGGUACUCCAAGCUGUCAGACCCAGCCGACUGGCUGAGCAUCAAUGCCACCAAUGGUCAGAUUGUCACCAUAGCCCUCCUGGACCGGGAGUCCGUCUAUGUGAAAAAUAACAUGUAUGAAGCCACCUUCUUGGCAGCAGACAACGGAAAUCCUGUCGCCAGCGGCACAGGCACUCUUCAGAUCCACCUGCUGGACGUCAACGACAACGCCCCCGUCCUGCUGCCCAGGGAGGCGCAGCUCUGCAAGCGCAUGAGGCCGGGCAGCAUCAACAUCACGGCGGCCGACGCCGACACCGAGCCCAACGUGGGCCCCUUCGUCUUCGAGCUGCCCAGCUUCCCGCUCAGCGUCCGCCGCAACUGGACCGUUUCCCGCCUCAGCGGUUACCAUGCUAGGCUGAGACUGCGGAUUCCCCACCUGGAGAUGGGCAUGUACGACGUCCCGGUGAUCGUGUCUGACUCGGGGAACCCGCCCCUCACCAACAGGUCCAUCAUCCGGGUGAAGGUGUGCCCCUGCGAUGAGAACGGGGACUGCACCUCCAUUGGAGCGGUGGCAGCCGCUGGCCUGGGCACCGGCGCCAUCAUCGCCAUCCUCAUCUGCAUCAUCAUCCUGCUCAUCCUGGUGCUGCUCUUUGUGGUGUGGAUGAAGCGGAAGGAGAAGGAGCGUCAAACCAAACAGCUACUGAUCGAUCCGGAGGACGACGUCCGAGAUAACAUCCUGAAAUACGACGAAGAGGGAGGGGGGGAGGAGGACCAGGACUAUGACCUGAGCCAGCUGCAGCAGCCUGAGUCUCUGGACCACAUUAUCAGCAAAGUUCCAGGGGUACGGCGCGUGGAUGAGAGACCCGUGGUCCCCGAAUCCCAGUACCCAACCCGACCUGCCUUGCCCCACCCUGGAGACAUUGGGGACUUCAUCACCGAGGGCCUGAGAGCGGCAGACAACGACCCCACAGCACCACCCUACGACUCACUGCUGGUGUUUGACUACGAGGGCAGCGGUUCCACAGCCGGCUCGGUCAGCUCACUCGACUCGUCCAGCAGCGGCGAGCAGGACUACGACUAUCUCAACGACUGGGGCCCGCGCUUCAAAAAGCUGGCCGACCUGUACGGGGGCGGGGAUGACGACUAGGCCGAGAGCACGCCCCUCUGACCACAGACAGAUCCCAAACU